AUAAUGAUGAUGGAAGUAGCCAGUAGCGACAGUUACAGUGCCAGGCCAGCUGUUCUGCCGGCGGCAAAUCCGAAAAAAUCACAGCAAAACCUGCAUAGAAAGUAGACUGCUUGUGGGAGCUUCUCUGCUUCAAAAGACCUUCGCAAAUCACGUGACCUCGGUUCAUCAAAUGAAAAUGCUAUCACCCUUGCUCGAUCCCUGAAGCUACCAUGCAUAUACAUGGCAACAUCGAGCAAAGGGCGCCUCUUGGACCCAAGAACACCCUGUGCCAAUUGGUUAGUGUGCAAAUAGCUUCAGUGUUCAGACAUCCCUAGGGUACUUUUUUUUAACUUUGUCACAUGACAUCCUCGACAUCCUCAGGUGAUGAGCCAAAGUCUUGAAGAACCUCAGCGUUAGCCGGUUAGCAUCAAACUGCGGGGCCUGGCACUUAGAAUCAAGACACUUGUAGGCUUGUACCGGCUGAACUAAACAACAAGCACAACGCGCUUGAGGUGAAGAGUAGUCCGCACGUGACAAUGAGGGACAACGGUCGGUGUGUGAUGCUGGUUACGCUUUGCUUGCUAGCCAUCGCAGCGGCCGGUAAGCACGACAAGCCUGGCUACGAUAACAACCCGGUAAAUUGCACUGACGGGUUUCGUCCAGACGACAGAGGCGGCUGUGUUGAUAAUGAUGAGUGCCGCAAUUCAUUAAAAUGUGGUCUUGGGGCAAAUUGCAUCAACAGCCCCGGGUCCUACGAGUGCGUCUGCAACAACGGCUUUGAGCGGAAGAAUAACAGAUGUGUUGAUAUCGAUGAGUGUUACAGAAGGACAGACUUGUGUUCAUACUAUGAAAACUGUUUUAACACCAUUGGAGGAUACAGCUGUCUAUGCAAAAUUGGUUAUAUCAGAACAAAGUAUGAAGGCUGCCUGAUCAUUGGACACUUCCUACACAAUCUGCUUUCAUCCUAUGGAGCCCGUCCUUACGUCAGCAAGAAGCCGUACAGUGCAGCGUCAUACAAUCCAUCGUCAUACAAACCAUCGUCAUACAAUCCACCGUCAUACAAUCCAUCGUCAUACAAGCCACCGUCAUACAAUGCAUCGUCAUACAAGCCACCGACACCACCGAGAACGGCGACACCGACGACACCACCGAGAACGGCGACACCGACGACACCACCGACACCGCCGACCUAUCACACAAAGACGAAUACUCACAGAAGCUAGUCACAAGACGUGGCGUGUAGCCGCCUGGCUGACCAGCAUGUCAAGAUUUUCGCUUCUUUCCUUUGCUGAUUUUAUAAUUUUUUUAAAAAAAAAAAAAGCACGCCUAUAGUUCGCUUAAGCGCUUUACUGUUGCUUUUCUUUGCUCCUGAUAAUCAGUGUAAAGAGAUAGAAGCCAGGAAUGCUUUGGGGUGUUCAAUUAAUGAUACACUUGAAAGUGUGGGACUAAAUUAGCGCCACCUAAUUUGUCGUGUUUAGACGACACAUUACUGAUUUAUUUGGCUCAUAAUGUGUUUAAAUGAUUAAAAAGCAUUGACUGAUCACGCUCUUUUCCUGUACAUUAUGUCUGUAAUUAUUUCUAAUUAUAUUUGUGUGUGUGAUACAACGCUCAGUCCUUCCAAGCACCACAUAGCACUGAGAUACAAUUAAAACAACUUUGUAACACACCCGCCACAGCAAGCUCUGCGACAGCAGCUGUCUGCCUAGUGUGUGUGUUCAUGCUGUUCUCCUGUGUGUUUUAUCCAAUGUUCAAAAUAUGUUCAUAAUUAUGGUUUAUCCUCAUAAUGUUAUCCUUUUCCUUAUUAUCCUUUUCCUAAUCAUGUCCUUGUUUUUGCCCAUGCUUCUGCUUGUUUUGUAGAAUGCUUGUUCUUAUUCUCUUACUAGUUCGAAUUCAUUAUCCUUUCAGCUUACCAGAUUGUCCUUGAUGUGCUUCUAAAUAAACUGUCAGUCUAAAACUAA